CCGUCACGCCCCCCAUAUAUACGCACGCCUCUGCCCUCCACGGCGCGGCCACCACACCUCUCCUCACCCCUCCCCUGCCGCACACAACCGCGAGCUCAAACUCCGAGCAGGGCCGCCAUAGCCGGCGUCGUCAUCGGCAUGGGGAGGUCGCCGUGCUGCGAGAAGGCGCACACCAACAAGGGGGCUUGGACCAAGGAGGAGGACCAGCGCCUGAUCGGCUACAUCAAGGCCCACGGCGAGGGCUGCUGGCGCUCGCUGCCCAAGGCCGCCGGCCUCCUCCGCUGCGGCAAGAGCUGCCGCCUCCGCUGGAUGAACUACCUCCGCCCUGACCUCAAGCGCGGCAACUUCACCGACGACGACGACGAGCUCAUCAUCAAGCUCCACGCCCUCCUCGGCAACAAGUGGUCGUUGAUAGCGGGGCAGCUCCCCGGCCGGACGGACAACGAGAUCAAGAACUACUGGAACACGCACAUCAAGCGCAAGCUCCUCAACCGCGGCAUGGACCCGCACACGCACCGCCCCAUCAGCGCCGCCGCCGCCAGCGGGCUCACCGCGUCGACCACCGCCCCCGUCUUCCCUUCCUCCCCGGCGCCGGCGUCCAGGCUCGCCAGCGCGCCUUUCGCCUCCUACCCGGGCAGCACCGUGAGCUUCGCCAGGCCCUCGCCGUCGGACGACGGGCACAGCAGCAGCGGCGGGAGCAGCGACGCGCCACGGUGCCCGGACCUGAACCUGGACCUCGACCUCGACCUGUCCAUGAGUCUGCCGUGCUCGCCGCCCAAGGCUGCGCCACCCGCCAGGUCCACGCUCACGUCGCACCAGCAGCAGGGCAUCUGCCUGUGCUACCACCUCGGCGUCCGCAACGGGGAGGCAUGCACCUGCAAGACGGCGUCGCCGGCGGGCCCGCGCGUGUUCCGGUUUCUCCGGCCACUGGAGGAGGGUCAAUACAUAUAGCACACUAGGCAGCCCCCAAAAAACUCUGUACAAAGCACAAAAAUGGAGGAAAGAGAGAGAAAAAAGUUUCUAAUUGAGAUUAGCUGAUGUGGAUUAUGAUUUCUCAAGUUUGGCCUCAUCCCAAAUACUAUGAUUCAUUUCUUCUUGGAUA